AUGACAGCAGCUCAAUCCGUUCAGGACAACGUCCCGGGACAUAGCGAGGAAGAAGGGGAAAUAAGGCCAUGUGCCCUGGGUAGUGAGGGAUUGCGCACCGUCGUCAUGACUGCAACCGCAGCUGCAAUCCCCUCAACUACAACUUUCGAUCCGGUCGUCGCCACUCCCCCAAUACCGGUAGUAGCUUCAGUAGCAGGAGAUCGCCAGUUCAGAGGGAAAACCUCCAUGUCCUCGAAUAACAAGCCACCCCUCAAAUCCCUACACACCAGCAACGUCGGCAAUAACAGCCCCUCCUCACCGGCCCCACGCCUUGCCACUUUUCAACGGCCUACUUCAAACUCAUUGCAUCCAAAUGUGACCACGCGCUCUCCCCGAUCCACCGCGAGGAGCGGGAGAGCGGAGACAAUAUGUUCGCCUGAUUCGGAAUUGCAUAUUCCAGCCGCCCGCUCUUCCUCAAGCUUGGAGCAACGGCCGUCGAGUGCAACUGGAUCUAGGGUAUCCGUGGGAUCGGAGACACCGUCGAAUUACCGUCAGCAAACUACAACACACCCGGCCCCUUGGAAACAGAACUCGUCUACUACUGGUAGCAAUGGGGUUACCCCUAAAUUCUUCCAUGCAAACCAAGUGAGACCGGCGAGGCCUCCGCUAUCAUCAAAUGUAUCCACCACGCCCCCUUUUUCACUGAAAACACCCCUCGGGCAACCUGCCAUGUUCUUUCACGCUGACAGCAUUCCUACAUCUGCUCGGUCACACUCUCCUACGCCUCCCAUCUUCUCACCUCGAUCCCCAGGACAACCAGGCUUUGUGAACGAUUUCAUUCAGAACCCUCAUGCAUGUGUCAAUGAAUUUACUUCCUCAAGACCAUCAGCUAAGGUAGGCGGCUCACGGCCAGCCUCUCUUGUCUCCAUGACCCCUUCAACGCACUCAGAACCCCGCAGCCAUGUCAAGUUUGUGUAUGCGAAUGGGACAGAAGAGAUUUUGCCUCCCAGAAAGUUGGGAUCGGAGAUUGGUUCAGCAGCGCCAUCGCCCCAGAUAGUUCAGGCCCCAUCUUUAGGUUCUCCAACUGGCGCGCUAUCACCCCUUGGCUCCCCGGAUCCGGUUGCAAACCCACAGACGCAGUGCUUCAAGAGUCCACACUCUUCGCCUAGAUCUAGUGUAGAUGAUAGCGCAAGGCAUGGCAGAGCUCUCUCUACUAGCUCAACAGUUGAUAUGAUGAGUUUGCUGAAGGGCGAAUCUAAGGGGGAGGACAAGGACAGCGGUAAGGCUUCUGAUGACGAUGCUUUGUCUGUGAAAGCUGCCGCAAAGGCCAAGAUCAAAUCAAUGGAAGAGGCUGCAGCGAAUGCCCGAAGAGAGAGAAAGGUUCUGGACCUGGAAAUAUCUAACACUUCCUUAAUGGCGAUUAACAAGACACUAGAACGCCAGAUGAGAAAGCAGACGGCUGAGCUCAGGCGCUAUCGCCGACUUUCACGCACCGGCCGACUUUCUAGUGGGGGAAAGAAGGGAAAGAAGUUUUCAAGUCACCUCUCUGGUGGUGGUGAUGGCGAAGAGGUGUUUGACGCUCAGAGCGCGUCUGGUGGUGGGGCAAGCGAUGCUGAUGAGGAAGAAGAAAGUGAAGAAGACGACAAAGGUUCAUCUGAUGAGGACGGAGACGACGAGAAGGAAGAUGAUGACACGGUAGUCGUUAAACCAGAGGCAAAGAAGGACAAGGCACCAGACGGUGGCCGACUAGACCUCGACUUGUCAAAGCACCAAGCCCUCCUCGAGGCCUCCACAAAAAUGAACGUCUCUCUAAAGCGCUGUCAAUACAUCGCCGAGCAGCUCAUAGAGGAAGGGAAAAGAGCCCUAGAAUACAAGGUCCAGCCCUCAGACAUUCACCUUGGUGGUAGGGUGUUGACAGGCGACAACGGCGAAGAGUUCGAAGGCGAAACUGAAGACAAGGAGGAUUUGAAAAUGGAGAGUAUGACAGCUGACGGGAUUGAUGAUGAGGAAGGUGAAUACUCUGACCGAGAACGGGAUAGCUGGGACAAGGGCGAGGAUGAAGAUGAGGGGGACGAGGGUGGAUCCAACGGUGUGUACGAUGAAGACGACGAAACGUCUGGGGGUGAAGAUAUUUAUCCAUUUAGAGAUGCGGAUCGAGUGAUUCUCCCGAGGUUGGCGGGGUAUAUUGAGCCUACGACGUGAGUUCUUUGCUGAGAGGACAUUACUGUAAACCGAGUGAGAGAGUAUCAAUCCUUGCAUGCAUGGAGGGUCCUUUGUUUUCUUUUUUGUGCGUGCCAAUGUACGUGUGUUACAUGGGUGCGGUAUUGAAUUGGGAGAAGGCGUUGUGGGCAAUUCAGCUCGCUCCAUGGUCUACUGUCUUGUUUGUGGCCCCCCUCCCGUUAUUCAUGAGGGUGCCCUUUUUUUCCUUUCUUCCUUUUCGAGAGUAACCUGAAUUGUAUUGGUGACACGGCGUCCAUGACAUGGGCGGGUGGACAAGCGGGUAUUGGUAUGUCACGACUGCAACUUGUUUGUGAGCAUGGAGAGGUUUUGUGGCAAAUUUCUGGUUCUUUUUUCUUGCUUUGGGUGAGUGUGAGUUUUGCAUUCGAAUACCUUGUUCAUCUCCUCUAUGAUGCAGUUUUCCUUUUCCUUUUCCUUUUCUCUCUAUAAAUGAGGGAGGUAGUGUUUUGAUACGUCAGUUGCUCGGUUGGUCAGUUGGGUGCCCGAGGGGAGGAGAGGAUCUGUAUAGACUAUGAGUACAUUGCGAUGAAGUCAUGAGGGUUGAAAUUUGAAUGCACGGAUCGUUUGAUAUUUUUGAUAUGA